UCAGUGCCUGAGUGAGCCCCACUGGCCACUCUCCCUAUAGCCGGGCAAUGGCCGAAGUCGACAGGGCUGUGCUGCUGCUACCUGCUCUCGCGGGGCCUGAGGAGACGAGCCCGCCCUACCAGCCUUUCAGGCAGCAAGGCAGCAGCAAUUGGGGUUUUGAAAGCUUUUAUCAGUAGAUUGUGGGCGGAAACUGCCCCGGGUUUGCUCUGAGCUUCUUGAGGCUUCUCAGCUUCAGAUGCAAAGCGAGUGGGUGUCUCUUUGAGAAGCAGAAAGGGGGAAAGAAAGAACAAAAGAGAGGUGUUUCCCUGGGUUCUGGGAACUCUAUAAAGAGAGAGCCGGCUCCUUUCUCUCGAGCAGUCAGAAACAGGAGUCCCGUCCUUGACACCCGGGACUCCCCAGGAUUGAGAAGGAGAAGAACCCUUGGCUGGGGGCUGGCCCAAGGCACUGGCUGCCAUGCAGCAGCCCUUGAAUUACCCGUACCCCCAGAUUUUCUGGGUGGACAGCAGUGCCAGCUCUCCCUGGGCUUCUCCAGGGUCAGUCUUCCCCUGUCCGUCCUCUGUGCCAGGAAGGCCCGGGCAAAGGAGGCCACCGCCACUACCACCACCUCUGAAGAAGAGGAGGGGCCACAACACAGGCCUGUGUCUCCUUGUGAUGUUUUUCAUGGUUCUGGUGGCCCUGGUUGGAUUGGGACUGGGACUAUUUCAGCUCUUCCACCUGCAGAAGGAACUGGCCGAGCUCAGAGAGUCCACCAGCCAAAGGCAUACAGAAUCGUCUUUGGAGAAGCAAAUAGGUCACCCCAAUCCAUCCUCUGAGAAAACGGAGCUGAGAAAGGCAGCUCAUUUAACAGGCAAGCCCAACUCAAGAUCCAUCCCUCUGGAAUGGGAAGACACUUAUGGAAUUGCCCUGGUCUCUGGGGUGAAGUAUAAGAAGGGCAGCCUUGUGAUCAAUGAAACUGGGCUGUAUUUUGUGUAUUCCAAAGUGUACUUCCGGGGUCAGUCCUGCAACAACCAGCCCCUGAACCACAAGGUUUACACGAGGAAUUUUAGGUACCCCCAGGACCUGGUGCUCAUGGAGGGGAAGAUGAUGGACUACUGCACUACUGGCCAGAUGUGGGCCCGCAGCAGCUACCUGGGGGCUGUGUUCAAUCUCACCAAUGCUGACCAUUUAUAUGUCAAUGUAUCUGAGCCCUCUCUGGUCAAUUUUGAGGAAUCUAAGACAUUUUUUGGCUUAUAUAAGCUCUAAGAAAAGCACUUUGGGAUUCUUUCCAUUAUGGUUUCUUGUUAUAGGCACUGAGAAUGUUGUCUUGAAUGAGGGUCUUCUUAAGUCCACUUGAGGUCAAGAGAGAAGACAUGAACCAAGAGGAUCUUGAGACCACAGGGUCCAGCAUUUCUACAGUUCCUCAUCUCACCUAAGGCCCACGAGCCAGACAGGAGGAAGACAUGAACAUGAAACUCUGGGCUGCCAUGUGAAGCUGCAGAGACAGGGAAAAGCAGCUGCCAGGGUGUUCUACACUCAUCUUAAGUGGCCUAGCACACUUUGGUACACUGAAAAUGGCACCUUUUAACUCACCUCUUGGGGUGGGUCUACUGUCUACCUCAGGGGAGGCUGUCUUUCACGUAUAUGGAUGCAACAUGAAUGUAUAAGGGGUGGGAAAAGAGGACUAGGCUUACAUGAUAAGCUAAAGAGACUAAAAGGCCAGUGUCCCACUGGCAGCAUCUUUACUUCUAAAUGCAUAGCCUGAGCCAUCAGGUGAUGCUAACAGAGAAGCAAGAGAGAUCUUUUGAGGACUCAGUCCAUUCCCUAUACAGCAUGUAUAUUUCCAGUGCAAUUGUGGGUGUGUGUGUGUGUGUGUGCGUGCGCGUGUGACUAGAAGAGUUACGUAAGUAGAGAGAACGUGGAGAUUGGGAAGGACAUGUUAGGAAAAUAUGGGUUGCAUUUGGUGGUAGAUUUUGAAUGCUUUUUGGGCAACCAACUCUAAUAGUCCUCAAAACUCUUUGAUUGUCAGUUAUUAAAGCUGUUUCCCCAUAAUAUAACUAA